AUGCUGCUGAAGCCCAAGGAGGAUGCGGGCGACAGCCAGGACGAAACAGAUGUCCGUGGUCUACGUAAAUUCCGAGCUCAAAGUCCCUGGACAUGGCGACCUCUCACCCUGAUCACCACCGCAGCCGCUCUGUUCCUACUCUCCAUUAUCCUUCGAUCCUCUCUCAAGCUCCAAGUCGACCCUCAAGGAUGCGUCAUGUCGAUGAUGACCCCAACGUACAUCAAAUUAUCUGGCUUCGACACAGAGCACUCGCGAUUCGCGACCAAAUAUUCGCUUUAUUUGUAUCGAGAAGAGGGGGUAGAUGAAUACACCAACGAUAACAUAGGGCUUAGAGGAGCACCUGUCCUAUUCAUACCAGGAAAUGCUGGAAGUUACAAGCAAGUUCGCUCAUUGUCUUCUGAAGCGUCUCGUUACUACCAGGGGGUAUUACGACAUGAUGCAGACAAGGCCAAGGAAGGACUUCGAUCUCUCGACUUCUUUACACUCGAUUUCAAUGAAGAUUUAUCAGCCUUCCAUGGUCAGACUCUUUUUGACCAAGCUGAGUAUGUUAACGAGGCUGUUGCAUACAUCCUAUCCUUGUACCACGACUCAAAUCGAUCAAGACGAGAUCCUCAACUACCCGAUCCGAGUUCGGUCAUAUUAAUUGGACACUCUAUGGGAGGAAUAGUGGCACGAACAGUGCUUGUAACGCCAAAAUACCAGGCAAACUCGGUCAACACCAUCAUAACCAUGUCGACUCCUCACGCUCGUGCCCCUGUGACGUUCGAUGCGGAUAUGGUGUCUUUGUAUCAGUCAAUCAAUGACUAUUGGAGGGAGUCGUAUCAACAAAGGUGGGCGAGUAAUAAUCCACUGUGGCACACCACUUUGAUUUCAAUUGCUGGAGGGGGGCGAGAUACCACUGUGCCAUCUGACUACACUAAUAUUGCCUCACUGGUACCUGAAAGUCAUGGCUUCACAGUUUUUAGCUCGACUAUUCCGAAUGUGUGGACCUCCAUGGAUCAUCUCGCCAUCACCUGGGCAGAUCAAAUGCGGAAAGUCAUCAUCAAAUCUCUGUACGAAGUGGUCGAUGUUCGCCGCGCCGCCCAAACGAAGCCUCGAUCAGAGCGCAUGAAGAUCUUUCGAAAGUGGUUUUUGACUGGACUCGAAGAUGGUACACCAAAGAACUUGCGAGAGACCCCCCAUGAGGUUUUACUCACCCUCGGCGAUGGUUCAAGAUCAUCUGUGGCCAAAGAAGAUAGCGUAACCUUGCGCCAGCUUGGGGUUCAGGACCAGAUGUCUGCGGUGUUGCUGCCGAUACCAACAGUCAACAACUCCACCUUCAAGCAAUUUUCGUUGUUGACAAAUCAACAAAUAGAUUCCCAUGGCAGCUUUGAAAAGUCAGAAGUUCUCUUUUGCAGUGCCUUUCCUCUUGCUGGUGGCUUAACCUCAACCCCACUUCCAAUCCAAUUCGAUCUAUCACCAGGAGAUCCAAGUGCAACCCGUCUUGCGUGCAAAAGGCCAGUGGGUGAUGGAAUUCAACUACCUGCAUCUACUAGAGCAUCACAGAAUGCUUUCGACUCCAACCCGCCAUUUACAUUCCUCAGCUAUGACUUGAGAUCACUUCAAGAUCAUCAGUUUGUGGCAAUCGUCGACAAGUCAACAGAGAUCAAUCCGAGCUGGGUACACGCUGAGAUUGUGUCAGGACCUGAGUCCAUCAUUGAAAGUCAUAUCAGCCUACCAAGGCUUUUGAUCCGUGGCCUCAAUGUUGAACUCCCCUCCAGUCGACCGAUAGUCACAGAAGUCCGCGUGCCCACAUUGCGCUCGAGCUUACUUGCGUACAGCCUCGAAAUCAGACAGCACGGCUGUGGGGCGGAUACUGAACUUUUCACACCUUUGGUGCGGCAACAUAUCGACGGACCUUAUGAGUCCAAAUAUUUUGUCAAUUUCAAGCAGGGCGAUGUUAACCUUCAUGGAAUUGCUCCAUUCAUGCCUCCAACCCUGGAUGGACAGGAGAUCAAAACUGGAGUGGCUUUCCAGAUUUGGUCAGAUCCCACGUGUAAUUCUUCGCUUGAGAUUCGCCUAAGGAUCGACCCUGUUGGCAGCCUGGGCAAGCUUGUGGUCAGGUAUCGUACCAUAUUUGCAGCAUUCCCACUGCUUGUCGUCGCAAUGGUGCUUCGAAAACAAUUCCGAGUUUAUGACAAUUCGGGAGCCUUUAUCUCCUUUUCUGAGAGUCUGGAUCAAAGCCUCAGGCUCCCAUUACCUAUUCUUCUUCUUUCAAUGACAUUUUUCGCAACCGCAUUUACAACAGCGAGUUCGACGAGCAUUGGCACUAGUCAUCAUAUGCAAAACAAUGGGACAUCAAUCAAUUUUGCACAGAACGACCUACUCCUUGGCUCGCAAGACACAUUCUUCUGGUUUCUUGUACCCCUGGCUGGGCUUCUGAGUAUCGGUGCUUGUGUACUACUGAACUAUUUGGUCCUAGGGCUGUUGCAUUUACUAGUAAUUGUUUCCAGCCUCGUGUCGCAAAGCUAUGUGAAGGUUGACGACAGCGAGAAAGGCAUUGCAUCUGCAUUCGUGGCGAGUACACCACGGCGGAGAGCUAUCAACACAGCUGUUCUCCUGUUCCUUGUUGCAACGAUUAUACCCUAUCCCUUCGCCUAUGUGGUGGCGUGUGUCGUACAACUCAUGACCUGCACCCGGGCCUUGAAGCAUGCAAAAGAGACGAAAUCUGGCUCUGCACAUAACUUUUUCAACUACACAUAUUCGAUAUUGAAUUUAAUGCUCUGGGUUUUACCAAUCAACCUACCCGUUUUGGUUGUUUGGAUUCAUAACAUGGCAGUGCACUGGUUGACGCCAUUCUCAUCACACCAUAACGUCUUGUCUAUCAUGCCAUUCAUUCUGCUGGUAGAAACACUCUCCAGUGGGGUGAUGGUACCAGCUCUCAGAUCCUUCAGAUGGGCGACCAACCUGUUGUUCUUUGCGCUCGCGGUUUAUGCAGCCUUGUAUGGUAUGACAUAUGCCUAUCGACUACACUAUAUUGCCAACAUUAUUGCACUGUGGCUUGUCGUGUUGCACUUUUCCACCUAUAAAGGACGUCUGUCUGUAUAG